AUGGCUUCCUUGUCUUUGGAGUCUACAGAACAGUCUGAGAACAGUCCAGAGGAGCCCAUCGCAGCCGAGCACCAAGGGGACAAAGAUCAAAUUUCGGAAGAGUUGCUCCAAAGUUUCCAGAAGUCGGCUCUGAGUUUUUCCACCGACCAGGUCUCGUGUCUGUGCGAGGCCCUCCUGCAGGCGGGCAAUGUGGACCGUCUGUGGAGGUUUCUCUCCACCAUACCUCCUUCGUCUGAGCUGCUACGUGGCAACGAGACCCUGCUGAAGGCCCAGGCACUGGUGGCUUUCCACCGGGAAGAAUUCAGCGAGCUGUACGCCAUCCUGCAGAGCCACGACUUCCACCCGUCGAACCAUGGGUUCCUGCAGGACCUGUACCUGAAAGCCCGCUACAAGGAGGCGGAGAGGUCCCGGGGCCGCAGCCUGGGAGCCGUGGACAAGUACCGGCUGAGGAAGAAGUUCCCGCUGCCCAAAACCAUCUGGGACGGAGAGGAGACGGUUUACUGCUUCAAAGAGAAGUCCAGAAACGCCCUGAAGGAGUGCUACAAGAGCAACAGGUACCCCAGUCCAGACGAGAAGAAGAACCUGGCCAAAGUCACAGGACUGUCCCUCACGCAGGUCAGCAACUGGUUCAAGAACCGCAGGCAGAGGGACAGAACGCCGUCUGGAACCCAGAGCAAAAGUGAAUCUGAUGGAAACCACAGCACGGAGGACGAGACGAGCACCAUGGACGAUACUCCUGAAAAGUCGGAGGAGGCUGCUGGAUCAACUGCUUCGAUUAUCUCUCUCUCUACCCUCCCCUGUAGCACGGGAAGCCAGCUCAUCCUCAACGGGUCCGGUGGUUUCCUCACAACCUCUCAGCCGUUGCUGCUCAACGGAAACCCUCUGAUCUCCAGCGCUGGUGCUGGCGUCAUAAUCAAUGGGCUAAACUUGGGUGAUUGUCAGACAGUCACACUGAGUCCUGUUGCAGGAAACUCGCCUUUGAUACUCAGUGGGGCUCAAGUCAUAACCAAACCAGGUAUUGGAAUGCAACAGCAGGGCGAGACUGUGGCGGAGCGAGAAGUUUCGGGCUUAGAGGUCAAACGUGGCUGUGUUCCAGUGGGGAUUCUCAGCAGUAACUCUUCACAUGUCUCAGCCUCCCCUUCAGUUAUUUCUCUUCCUCUGGAAUGCAAGACAGAGGGUGAUGGUGCUCUGAAUUUUAUUCCUGAAGAUGUAGUGAUUAAAUCAGAGGGCAGCAGCCAGACACUAGCCUCCUCAUCCUCAUCUCUAUCCCCCUCUUCCCCUACUCUGUCCUCCCCGACCAGUCUCCCUUCUUUAGUCUUAACACAAAAUGCUCAAUGCCAAGAAUCCCUCACCAUCCAAUCCUCUGUGGCAUCUGGAGCCAUGAAUAUUUCCAGUUCUGAUGUUUCUCUGUCCAGACAACAAGGGGAGUAUGUUGUUUUGGCCACUGCUAGCUCCCAGGUAAACCCAUCUAGCUCCAUGGUUACCUCCAGCCCUCAGGUCUUUUCACUGCCUCAGGUGGUGCCGUCCAUCCAGGGUAUACCAGUGUCCCAGCUGGUCCAGCACUCUUCAGGAGCCCAGUGCCCUCAGUUGGUUCCUGUGUCCUCACUUUCAUCUCCACCUCGCCAAGCAUCUCCUCAAUUCCAAAGCCCACACAGACUCAUCCAGCAGCUCCCUCAGCAGCAUCAGGGGCAGGAUGCUUUAGCGACUCAAGCUGAAGGUUCGGCAACAGUUGUCUCCAUCUCACAGGGCGACAACAGUCCAUUUCCACAGGAAAUUACACACCGACUGGGAACUGAUCCCACAAACCCAACAACUAAAACCAACCCCUCACAGGGCCCGCAGAUUAUCUCCAUCACAUCACCAACACAGGUCGUCCCAGUGCCCCAGACUAAAGCCACCAUUCCAUCGCAGUUGGUCCCCCUCUCUGUGCCUCAGCUGGUGCCAGUCUCCUCCAUCCAGACUUCUUCGACUGUGUCUUUCCCACAAGUGGUACCUGCCAGUUCUUCUCUCUCCGUUCCCUCUGCUGGAGUUCCCCUACAGCUCCUGACAUCAGCUCCUGGAGCUGGAGCAGUAACUCCAGGACCUCUCAGGAUAAACCAGCUCAGACCAAUUCAGAGUUUGUCUUCUCCAGCCAACAUGGCUCCUGCUAUGCAGCUUCUUAAUUCUGGGAUCAUUCAGCUUCCAACGGCCUCUCCAGGCAACAUUCUCUUCAGUGGAAGCCCUUACCUGAGUGUCCAGCAAGGCAAGCUGAUUUUGACCAUCCCAGCAGGCAUCCAACUCACCAGUGUACCCCUGAAACCAGUCUCCGAGGGUUUACCCAUCACUGCCAAUGGAGUGACUCCUGUUCUCACCCCUUCCACCCCCCCUGCAGCCUCCCAACCUUCAACCACCUCAGUACUGACUUCCAGUGGCCUUGCAUCAUCUCCUCUGAACUUCAUCAACUCCUCUCCACUGUACUGUGCUCCAGAACCUGGGAUUACAAGUCCCCAAACGCAUGCCGUCCAUUCACCUCACGUGCUGGACCAUUCAGUCGCCCUCACAACACCAAACACUCUCACUCCAGAAAGCAUGCUCACCUUGAGUCCCAUGUAUGGCGGAGUGACACCCAGUGCACAGUUAUCCCAGCCAGGUUGGAGCCCAGUACCCCUGUCCACUUCGGCCAGUCUGUUUGAUGUCCGCGGGAAGGGGGACCUACCCGUAGACCCGGCUCUGUUAGGUCUACCUGGAGGGGAGUCAUUGCUUCUGGGGAGCACUUCUCCAGAGCAAGAUGUUGAGCCUAGUUCCCCACUCGGCAAUCCAGAGGAGAUGGAUGGAGAUCCAAAGAUUCUUACUCAGCUCCAAUCCGUCCCUGUGGAUGAUGACCUUGGCUUGUAGAUUCUAUUGGUGUUUGGCAAUCCCAUUUCUUUGAAAACAAAUGAGUGGAAGGUUAUGGCCAUGCUCUGAGAGCUCAUUUUAGUUUUAACUAAUUUUAUUUGCAUACACACACACAAAAAUGAUUAGGCUCUGACAUUUUCGUAACAGGAUGAUCUUUGGCUGAAUAAAGGUUGCAACAUGCUGUCAGACAGUCUCUUUAAAUAGGUUUGAGAGACAGAAGUCCCCACUUUGAUGACAAAAACUCUGGGUAGAGUACAGUAAAUCUCUUUUCAACUCCAACGCUUGGACAGCCAUGCCAAGCUGAUGUACUGAUUGGGCAGAAUUGCAGUGACAGCAAUAGGUGUGGUGCCUUUUUUUUUUUUUUUUUUAUUCCUUUUUUUCAUCAAGGCCCAUUUUUUUAUUUUAUUUACAUUAUUAUAGAUGGAUAAUAAAUGAGAAUAUCGAUGACAACUGGAUAACAAUCAACCCUCAAUAUCCCUGAGGGAGUCUUCCCAAGGGACCAAUAAAGUUCUAUAUAAUCUAUCUAUAUAAUCUAAUAACAAGAGCAAAAACAAUCUUACUGCCAAAAAUCUUGUAAAAUUGUCAAUAUCAAAUUAUGAUGUGAAUUAUUUAAAAUUGUGAUUCUGAAAAAAAAGUUUCCACAUGAGCUUGCUCACAUGAAAUAUGUUGCCACCUUGAAAGGUUUAUGUUGCUUUUGACAUAAAUCUCACUGAGUUUUACAGUUGCAUUCAUGUUUUGAGAUUGACAAGUUUUUUUUUCUCAGUGGUGGGCACAGCUAAACUAAAAGUUAGCUUUGUUAACUGCUAAUCUGCUAACUCAAAAGUUAACUGUGAAACUGCUAACGUUUCUAAUAUGAAUUUAGCGUCUCCCCCCCCGAAAAACCGAUCUAAACAGCUGAAAUUUGAAUAUGUUGAAGCGUAAAUAUGGAAGGCUUGUUGCCUUCAUGUGAUGUGUCGAUUUCACUUAUUGGAUUAGUGUGUAAACUCCAACAAGAACUAAUAUGUUUGACUUUAGAGUUUAUGUUUAAUCUUAAACUUUAUUAAAAAAAAAAAACAGCUAUCUGAUUUAAAAUUAGCAGUAGUGAAGUUAUUUGAAGCUGAUUGGUUUUAAAAGUUAGCUAACAAGCUAAUCCACAAAAGAAAAAGUUAGCUUCACUUAUUAGCUGUUAGCUGAUUAGCUGAACUGUGCUCAUCACUGGAUUUAAAUAUUUGUCUAAUUACCUUCAAAUUAAAGCUAACAUUCCACACUGUGAGCUCAUAUUCAUAUUUUCUUUCACUUAACUCAAAUAUGCCACAAUAAAUGGCUAAACUCUCCACUUUGUCAGUGUCAAAAUUGUACAUGGGCCUAACUACAUAUUAGCAGAGCUACAUGGGUCAUUCAGCUACUAUUUUAUCAUCUUACAAACUGAUGCAGUGAUUAUUAGUGAAGGCCAUACAGUGAAGGUUUCACUUAAUACCACAUGUGCUUUUAGUAAUGCCUCAUAAUCACUUUUUUUUUUUUAACUUCGACAAAGUUCAGUUUGCAGCAGCAGUUCCACUACAUAAACAAAACUGAUAAACCAAAGGAAUUUGGUUUAUUUUGCUUUACAACCAGAAUUCCAGAACUCAGCCACAGAAUGUAUUCUUCUCAAAUGGAACAAUUUUUUUUAAUCCAUACUAGUUAAAGCUCCAUCUUAGUAUAGAUGGGAUUAGAUAAGAUUUUAUACAUAUCGAUGCCAUUAUUGAAUGUACUUAACGGUCCAAUUCUUUAUUAACUUCUGAUAGUUUUCCCAAGUGGAAAAAUGUAGACUUACCCAAUUUUUCAAGGUCCAUGCAGCUAUUUCCCUUGUUGCUAGAUGCAGAGUUUGACAUCAGGAUGCACAAGCUUCUGCAACGUGCAAAUCUCAUUAAAAACAUCAUAUCAUUGAUGAGAGGAAUUGAUAAUGUGUGAGACCCACAAUUGUCUUGGGUCAAGACUAUGAUAAGUUCUAUAAAUUCCUUCCUGGACUCAGCCAUUGGAAGUGUAUCUGAAAGCGAUGAAAUUCCUCAACUUGUAGAGACAUUCACUUAGCCUUUAAGAUUGGAAAAACUUAUGGUAACUCCCAAUAUCUUUGCAGGGGAACAAAGGUCUAAAUCUUUAGGGUGCUGGUGCAAAUGAUUUGAUGUCUUGGGUGCUAGGUCUCUUCAGAGGAUCUUUGGGUCCCACUGACUUUGUGUCAAACGAACGGUUACUUGGCAGAGGAUUACUUGCAUAGUGAGGGAAUGUUAGCUAGAACAUUUUGACCAUGUGGUGUGUUUCCCUGGGUAUGAUCCAUCACAUAGAUGCCUCAGUGUUGACCCCAGCAGAUUGGAGAAGGCCAAGGGGACGUGUGCAUUUCACUUUGCUGAGGCAAAUGGAUGGAUACUUUCGAUAGGUGUUACCACCUAGUCACCUCUGGGUGACGUAUUGUUAUUUGGAGCUGUAUAAAAAAGAAACUGAAUUUAAUUAAGAGGUGUGGAUGGAAUUGAUGUUUGUUGAAAUGUUUGCCAUCGAUGACCCAAGGCCGUUACGCACUAUUGUGGAUGUGGCAAAGCACAGAACCAGUGCAAGCGCAGAGACUUGUCAUGAAGCAUGCAAUUCUGAUGGAUCGAAAAGUCUGGAAGUUGUUCUCGAUUCUCAUCCCUAAUACUAAGCUGUAUAACAUAAAUAUGUUCAGUUUUUGUUGCCCUUCAUUAGAAUUAUAGGCGUAUACUCUAUGCAAUAUAUGUAAUGUUCUUUAUGGGACACUAUAAGGGCUGAUGUUAAAAGCCAGUUCAUUUGGGAGAUUUUUAAUUUUUAACCUUUGAAACACAGGAAGCACAAUAGUACGCUACACUAAAUCCUUUGCCGUGAUCCCACUUGGUUACCCACUGCACCUUUUACAUUACUUUUCCUUUACAAUUAUAUGUGCCUUAUUUUAGUGUGCUUUUUUAUGUUUUCACUUAACCUACAUUUUAUAAUUGUAUAUAUAUUCACCCAAAAUUCUGAUUUCACUCCGUAAGGAUUCAUUGUUCCUCUCGCUCUUAUUUCUCUAUCAGUUUGAUCACCAAAGACAACGUGACAGUCCUGGAUGCAUUGGUCUGUCUUCUCGUUUUUGUAUAUUUUGCACAUUUCAUUUAUGUAUAUGUUUACGUUGCGCUGCUGUGUUAUGACAGCACCAGGGCUCCUUUUCUAUAUGAAUUUUUUUUUUUAUGUUUGGACCUAUGUAAUCUCACCUGACAGCGAGUUGAACCGCUAAGCCAAGAGAUGGUCUAAGCAUUAUCCUACCAAUUUAAAUGUAAAUGAACUUUAUACUGUCAUAACACAUGCAGCGGUCAAACCUCAUUGGUACAAAAAAGUACAGUGCAACGUCUAGUAACAGUGAUGUCCUUUGUGUUUUUAUUAGUGUGUCUUUUUCAUACGUUGCAUCUAUUUAAAGCAUGUAUCAUUCAGUUGCCUCGUCGGAUGAGUUCUUGUAAAAGACGGACAUAGGAAAUGAUGCUUUUCGAAGGUCACAGUUUUGUGCAAACUGAGGUUUGCAGUCUCAGACUACGAGUAUUCAGGUCGUGAUUGUUUGAGAAAAGUCGUCCCCGGUUACAAUUUAAUUUGGGCAUUUGUUCCCGAUGGCCUUUUCUUAGGAUAUGAAACCGCUUUGAUAAAACAGUUGUAAUAGUUUUAUCAUCAUAUAAACUUUCUGGGAUAAAGGGAAAACUUUUUCCAACGUGUAAAAUGUGGUCGCCCGCAUUUGUUUGUAUGAGCCAUUUCUUACCAAAGUAUGUAAACAUUGAAGCCCAUGUGGGCUCUUGCACAUUUGUACCCGUAUUGUUGUAGCCGGAUGCGUUUGUACUUUUACUCGACAUGUAACAGGCAUGACUCCAGCUCAAACCAAAGACAAUGUAUUCUGUUUGACUUUAUUUUUCAAAGGGGUCGUUUUGUCACUCGGUUUUUGUUUCCUCUUUUUGUUUGUAUUGAAAUGCAUUCUAUUUUUUAUAUCAUGUGAUAUUGUAAUAAAAUACAUUUACAAAAUUC